AAUUUAAAUUAAAAAAAAUGUGCUCACUACUGGAAUACUUUAUAGGAUAGUCAGAGACUGUUGUCAAUAGUAUUUGCCCACGAAUUUGUCCGCGUGAUCGAAAUGUGUUUCUGAUCGGGAUAAAAAAUAGCAUAUAUUCUCCUCCAUCGCAUAUAGUAUUUGUACUAAAUUUCAUAGCGAUCGGUCAAGCCUAAGAAGCGGUAUAAGAUGCUAAAAGCCCUGCUUCUAAUUUUGCUGGUGAUCAUUGCAUUUCCGGUUUAUAUAUUUUUCAUCGAGAGUCCGUCGCCGCUGCCGGACCUAGAUUACAAUGCCUGGUGGGGACCAGAACACUUAAGGCAGAAGCAGGACACCAGCGUGAGACCAUUUAGGAUAAAUUUUACUGAACCGAUGAUAAAUGAUCUCAGAAGUCGUUUGAGGAAUCAUCGCGCCUUCACCCCUCCGCUCGAAGGAAUUGGUUUCCAAUACGGAUUCAACAGCAAAGCCCUGGACCCGUGGAUCCGGUAUUGGGCGGAGGAGUACCCGUUCAGGGAACGGGAGAAGUACAUCAACAAGUUUCCGCAGUUCAAGACCAAUAUUCAGGGCUUGGAUAUACACUUCCUCAGAAUUAAACCUCAGGUGUCAGGAAAUGUAGAGGUAGUGCCAUUGCUACUUGUGCAUGGAUGGCCAUCUUCAGUUCUGGAGUUUUAUUCGGUAAUACCUCUUCUGACAGCCGUCAACAAGGGCAAGGACUUCGUAUUUGAACUUAUCAUACCCAGUAUACCAGGAUAUGGAUAUUCUGAUGCAGCAGUUCGUCCAGGAUUAGGAGCAAUUGAAGUAGCAGUCGUCUUUAGGAAUCUUAUGCAUAGACUUGGCCAUAAGCGAUUCUACAUUCAAGGCGGAGAUUGGGGUGCCGUCAUAUGUAGCAAUAUGGCAACGCUGUUUCCUAAUGAAGUAUUAGGACACCAUACAAAUUUAGGAGUACAAAGAGAUCUGAAAUCUAUCUUAGCUGAAUUCCUGAUAGCAAUCUACCCAUCUCUCUUCGUGGACUCAGAACUGGUGGAACGGUUAUACCCUCUAUCGAAGAGCUUAUCUUUUUUGAUAGAAGAGUCAGGAUAUUUCCAUAUUCAAGCUACUAAACCUGAUACGAUAGGAGUUGCCCUCACCGAUUCCCCUGUUGGUCUAUUGGCGUAUAAUCUAGAGAAGGUCUCAGUAGCGACUCGUGCUCAUAACCGGGAAUUGGAAGAUGGUGGACUCACUAAGUACUUCACGAGAGAGCACCUAAUUGACAAUCUGAUGUUUUACUGGGCUACUAACUCGGUAACUUCAUCUAUGAGACUGUAUGCGGAAUCAGUUUGUAAGAAACAACUGUCCAUGAAGGUUAUCGAACACCCAACCCCAGUACCUACGUGGGUGAUACAAGCCAAAUACGAGAUAUCAUACCAGCCUCCCAUCAUUUUGAGACUCAAGUACCCUAACCUGGUCAACGUGACAGUCCUCCACGACGGUGGCCACUUCCUCGCCACGGAACUGCCGCGAGUGUUCGCUGACGACUUGUUCACCGCUGUACAAUCGUUCAGAAAUUUUAAUAGAAAUAUUAAAACAGAGUUGUGAUUGUUUUUAUUAAAGUGUUUUGUCUGUUUUUGGUAAA